CAGUCAGGACCCCUGAGGGGACGUGCCCGGCAGCCCCCCUCAGGCUGCCCGCUGCGCCCCGGCCCCCCUGGGCGCUGGGUCCUGCCUCUCAGCUCCUAAUCCCUGUAGGCAGCUGCCCCAACCCUGCACAGGAGCCGCGGACCGGAUAGGGUUUGCAAGUGUGGGAUUAGCACGCUCAGAGUGGGCAGAUAAGGGUCUAGGGCACAGAAAGGCACACUGUUUGGAGAGGCAGGUGUGUCCACCCCUCCCGGGACAGACUCGCUGGGCCACUCCGGCCUGGGUCUCCAGAGCGCACAGCCCUGCCCCCCCGGAGCGCUGGCACCAAAGCCACACGAGGCCCACCUAACUGUAAUCCCAGCCUCCAGCUGGCCCCAGAUGCCCGGCCGCAGUGGCCUUCCCCAGGCCUCCGUCCCGGUGCUGCUGGGUCACGGUGUGCAGGACCCCACCCCCACCCGCCCACAAGGCCUGAGGUGAAGGUGACCUCAGUGGUCUUCCUGGAAGAGGCAGCUGUGCCUGAGCUGAGAGUGGGGGCCGACAUCCCAGGGGGCUGGGGGAGGCCGGGGAGGCGAGGGCAGCCCCCAGCCCAGAGCCCGAGAGAGCCCCAGGCAAAGUGCAGCGGAACAGGUGGAGCCUGGGCCGGGCCAAGGGUGCUGCAGGGUGCAACUCGAUCGGCACCUAUCGCAGUGGGCUGGGACCCCGCCGGCUGGCCUGCCAGCCGCCCCGGGGCAUCUCAGGGGCAUAAAGGCCUCCGCGGGGCGGCCACCGCAGCGCUCCUGCCCCUUGCCAUGGCGCUGCAGGCUCUGCUGCUUGGCUCCCUCCUGGCCCUGCUCGGGGCAUCCCUGGGACAGGCCCAGGUGCCCAUACAGGCCAACUUCGAUGCCAGCCAGGUGCGUCCCGGUCUGCCGGCCCCUGUGCCGGGACAGCCUCCUCCCACUUCUUGUUCCUCAUCCAGGCUCAGCUGGGGCUGGGGGCAUGGAAGAGACCCCCCCAGGAGCCCCACUCCACAGCUGGUCCCCACCACUCCUAGGGCCUGCCACUGCCACAAGCAGCUGCCCCCGGCCCCAACCCCAGGUCAGGGUUGAUGGGGAGGAAGUGACAGCUCCGCUCAGUGGGGGGCCUCCUCCCAGCCUCCCUCCCCCGCCCGCAGUUCCAGGGCACCUGGUACAUGGUGGGGGCCGCAUCCAAUGACCAGAGCUUCCAGGACAGCAAGGACGACAUGAAGAUGCCCGUGGUCUUGGUGACCCCCUUGGCCAAUGGCGACCUGGCCCUGAAGUUCGGGUACCCCCUGCCCGAUGGCGGGUGUCAAAAGCUGGAGGCGACCUUCACCAAGGGUGCCGUGGCCGGGCAGUUCAGCAACCCAGCCAUGGGCCAGACCGACAUCCGCGUGGCCUUCACCGACUACCUGAACUUCGCCGUGCUGUACCUGGAGACCCGCCGGGGGGACACGCGCAACGUCUGGCUGCAGCUCUACGCCCGCGCCCCGGAGCUGUUCCCCGAAGGCGCGCAGAAGCUGAAGCUGCUGGGCCCCCAGGUGGGCCUGAACCCCAGCCAGGGCGCCCUGCUGCCCAAGACCGUGAGGCCCCCUCCCCGAAGGCCGUGCGGCUCCCCUGCCCCAAGCAAAAUAAAUGUCUCCGAAGCCAGCCAGCGGCGCCGUGCGUUUGUGGGGGGCCGGGCCCGGACCCCGACGCUCCCUAAGACCACGCAGGGCUGGGCGGGGACCCCCCAGGGCCGCUCCGGGAGGGGCUGAGGCUCCUGCGGACUGGCGGGGAUCCCGGCACAGGUGCCCGCCGCGCGCCGCGACCCCCGGGCUCCUCCCGCACUGCACCCCGGGGCUCCCUGGCCCCUAGCUCCGGGAGCCUCCUCGCCCCAUUACCUGCGGCCGCCCAGCCCACCGGGCAGCUGCAGCGACCGACUGGAGACCCCGGCCCAGGCCCCGCCCGCCAUGGGGCCAGGGGAGGGGGUGGAUGAUGCCGCAGAGAGCCCCCCGGGGGGGGAGCAGGCCCUGGACUGUGGCUGUCCGCCCUGGGGGGGGGCUGUCGCUCCUCCGUGGCCUGGGGGUCCCCGGGGCUCAGGUGGGAAUUUUUCAGGAAUGAUGGGUGCCAGGUGGGCCUUUGUGAGAGGUUAAGGAGCCCCCGGUCCCCCCCCACCCCGCCCCAGCUUCCUGCUAAGGCACCUGGGUCCCUGCCUCCAGGCGGGAGACCCGGAUGGAGUCCUGGGCUCCCAGCAUUUGGGGAACGGACGAGUGGAUGGGGGAGUUCUCUGUCUCUCUCCUUUUCAAUUUAAUACAUAAAUAAAUCAUAAUUGGGGCAGGCGGUUGGCCCAGUGGUUACGCCUGCGUCCAUCCCACAUCAGGGAGCCCGGGUUCAAGUCCCAGAUCCCCCAGAUUCCAGCCCACUGCUCAUGCACCCUGGGAGGCGGCAGAAGAUGGCCCCGUGCUGGGCCCCUGCACCUGCGUGGGAGGCAGAUGGAGCUCCUGGCUUCAGCCUGGCCCAGCCCACGCUGUGCAGGCAUUUGGAGACUGAAUCAGCAGACAGAGCACUCUCUUCCUCUCUCUCUCUCUGCCUCUCAAAUAAAAAUAAGUAGGAGUCUGCGCAGUGGCGUAGCAGCUAAAACUGCUGCCUGUGAUGUGGCAUCCCACACGGGCGCCGGUUCGAGUCCUGGCUGCUCCACUUCCCAUCGCGCUCUCUGCUGUGGCCUGGGAGAGCAGUGGAGGAUGCCCGAGUGCUUGGGCCCUGCAUCUGCGUGGGAGGCCAGGAUGCAGCUCCUGGCUCCUGGCUUUGGAUCGGUGCAGCUCUGGCCGUUGUGGCCAUUUGGGGAGGGACCCAGCAGAUGGAAGACCCCUCUCCCCCCUUGCCUCUCUGUAACUCUUCCUUUCAAAUAUGGAAAAUAAAUCUUCCAAAGAAAAGUGUAAACAGAAGCAGCCGUGUCCCCUCAGACGUGCCUUCCGUGAGGGGGUCCAGCUGGACUGACCGGUCACAGAGACAAGGCCUCCCCUGAGUUCCGGGGGCCCCGGCAGCCGCGGCACGCCUGCCCCACCACCUGCACGCUGGCCUCGAGGCUAGGAGCCCCCACAAGGCCAAGCUCCUGCCGGCGCCUGCCCUGGGCCCCC